GGUACGUCAAAUCAUGACUGUGUUGGGAUAAAGAGGCUUCAGCUGGGGAUUUAAACUGAUGUCUACGGUCUAGACGACCACAGAGGAGCGAGGAGUUAAAUGCACACUCAUAUAGUCGACCUCUAUUCUUAGACUCUGUACUAAACCAGCUGUGUUUUUCACAGACAAUCAUGGGGACAGAGGAAGCUAACGCAGACUGUUAGCUGCGAGAAUUCAGAAACCAAAUCCUUCAGGAGUCACACCCUAACAUCACUAUCCUCGCUCCGGCCACGCGACUGCGGGUACAGAUGCGCGGGCCUGCUUUCGCUCUGGAUUACAGCGGGACUGUUUCCUACAAAGACCUCUGUGCAAAAACAACUAAGGAGCAUCAAGAAAGUCAUCAGAAGACGAUGAGUUCACCGAUGUACACGUUUGUUUUGAGAGAUGACAACAGUACUGUGUAUGCCGAGGUCGCCAAGAUCCUCAUCUCUACUGGAAAAUGGAAACGACUGAAGAAGGACAAUCCUCGCUUCAAUUUAAUGCUGGGAGAGAGAAAUCGGCUGCCUUUUGGACGACUGGGUCAUGAACCGGGGCUGAUGCAGCUGGUGAAUUAUUACAGAGGAGCCGAUAAACUGUGUCGCAAAGCAUCACUGGUCAAGAUUAUUAAGACCAGUCCAGAGUUAAAGGACUCCUGUAACUGGUUCCCUGAGUCUUACAUCAUAUACCCAACCAACCUCAACACCCCAGUGGCCCCGGCCACCAACGGCAUCGGCCACAUGAAGAGCAACCCAAAGACAGAUGAGCGGGAGGUCUUCUUGGCUUCUUAUAACUCCAGAAAGGAAAGCGGAGAGGGAACGGUGUGGAUCGCCAAAUCCUCAGCAGGUGCAAAAGGUGCAGGUAUAUUGAUAUCCCAUGAUGCAAACGAGUUGCUUGAGUUCAUCGAUAAUCAAGGCCAAGUGCAUGUAAUUCAGAAGUAUCUGGAAAAACCACUGCUGCUGGAGCCAGGACAUCGCAAAUUUGAUAUAAGGAGUUGGGUGCUUGUAGACCAUCAGUAUAAUAUCUACUUGUACCGCGAGGGUGUGUUGAGGACGUCUUCUGAGCCCUACAACAGCUCGGAUCUGCAGGACAUGACCUGUCACCUGACCAACCACUGCAUCCAGAAGGAGCAUUCGCAGAACUACGGCCGCUAUGAGGAGGGCAACGAGAUGUUCUUUGAUGAGUUCAGACAGUACCUGUUGACCACACACAACGUUGCCAUGGAAACAUCUGUUUUACCUCAGAUCAAGCAUAUCAUCAGGAGCUGUCUCACAUGCAUCGAGCCAGCCAUCAGCACAAAGCACCUGUCCUACCAGAGCUUCCAGCUCUUCGGCUUUGACUUCAUGCUGGACGAGAGCUUUAAAGUCUGGCUAAUUGAGAUCAAUGGGGCACCUGCCUGUGCACAGAGGCUCUACCCUGAGCUGUGUCAAGGCAUCGUGGAUGUGGCCAUCUCCACAGUGUUCUCUCUGAGUGCAGAUACCAUCUUAUCCUCACCUCCAUUCUCCACUUCUCCAUCUCUAUCCUCCAACUCCUGCUCCUCACCCAAGAUCAGAGCGCCCCAUCACUUCGGCCCAUUCCUCAAACUAUAAAGUGCUGUUGCUGCUGUAGCUGUGUAAGCCCCUUCCCAUAGUCCUGCCCAGAAACAUCAACCAAUCUAGGAGGCAUAAGGAUGUACACCUGAUCUUGGGGAUGAGCAUGCAGGGGAUUCAUCACUGUC